UGCUCCGCACCACAACAACAGAGGGGUCCCUCAGAAGCCUUCUUGUUUGCCUUUUCACCCCCUUACCUCGCUUCACCGUGGUGCGUCGCCGGCGAUCGUCAACUCGCUGGAGAGAUGAAUAUUCCGGCGAGCCUUUCUUCUUUAUCGAUGAACAAUGCUCGUCUCUCCGAUCAUCGCCGACAUGCUUUUCACGAAUACCCUGGCCUUGAAAUGGCGAUCUCCUUUUCUCGCUUUUUCUAGAAGCGAUUCGACGCUUCUUCUGCGUGGCUUGAGGAAAGUAUCGGUUUCUCGGUGUCGCGUCGGGUCAUACAUAAGUUUUGGUAGAUUUUUCUGCUUUUCUGUUUGUUAAUCGGUGGAAAGUGAGUCGGUUCUGUGAGUGCUCAUUUUUUUAGCUGGCCGGAGAGUUUUUGGUGAUGAAUGUUUGUUGACUCGGUUACUGCUUGGAUUUGCUUAGUAUUCUAGCUUGAUCUUGUUCUUCUUCCUUGAAAAGAGAGGAGUCCUUAAUUUCGAUGUACAUUUUCAGAAUCUGUGUCUGACUCUGUCGCUUUAGGUACUUGGCCCUUUUUUUUUUUUGAGCAAGUGAAGUUCAUUGAGCUCUGAAAAUGGAGCAGAGCUGACGCAGAGUGGUACAGUUUAGUGUAAUUACGAGGUUGUGAAAGAGAGAGGUAGAAAGGAACCAGGUUUUCAGAUCCUUUUCUUCAAAAAUUUCUCAGCCAUGCCUCCGAUGAAAAUACAGCCAAUUGAUAUCCCUGUCGAUUCACAGAAACUGAAAGAUGCAGUUGUAAGAAAUGAUGCGGCGAAACCAGUGUUGAAGUCGCGGCUUAGGAGGCUGUUCGUGUUCGAUCGGCAGUCUCCAAGCGUCUUGAAGACUGCCUCGGCGGAGAAAUCCAUCGCCGGUGAAGCUCCGAAUCAGAAAGAUGGAGGAGGAGGAGUGUCGGAGUUCGAGCCGAGCUCCGUUUGCCUGGCUAAAAUGGUGCAGAAUUUCAUAGAGGAAAGUAACGAGAAACAGCCACCAGCACAGAAAUGCGGUCGCAAUCGCUGCAAUUGUUUCAACGGGAACAGUAAUGAUAGCUCCGACGAGGAAUUCGACUUGUUCGGUACUUUCGGCGAAUCAAACUCCGGCGGAUCAUUCAGUGAUGCCACCGACGUUCUGAAGAGUUUGAUUUUAUGCGCUAGUGUUGCCGAGAGGAACCUGUUAGCUGAUACUGCGAAGAUCGUUGAGGACAACAAGGUCCAUAAACGAAAAGAUGAUCUGAGAAAAAUCGUUACAGAAGGCCUUUCUUUGCUUGGCUACGAUUGUUCCAUCUGUAAAUCCAAAUGGGACAAAACCCCAUCUUGCCCAGCUGGUGAAUAUGAGUACAUCGAUGUCAUCGUUGAAUCUGAGAGAUUGUUUAUAGACAUCGAUUUCCGAUCAGAGUUUGAGAUAGCUCGAUCGACUGGUACCUACAAAGCCAUCCUUCAAUUAUUGCCACAAAUUUUCGUCGGAAAAUCAGAUCGUCUAAGUCAGAUCAUAUCGAUCAUAUCGGAGGCGGCGAAGCAGAGCCUGAAGAAGAAAGGGAUGCACUUUCCGCCGUGGAGGAAGGCCGAGUAUAUGAGAGCCAAGUGGCUCUCUUCUCCCUACACUAGGACCAAUCAACCCCCAUCGUCCUCUUCCACCGUCCCAUCCGACGUCGUUUCGGAAUCGCAGACCUCCCAGAAGGGGGACGUGAUCGGCGACGGCGACGAUGACUCCGCGACGGCGGAGGACGAUUGUGGCGAGUUGGAGUUGAUUUUCGGCGAGAAAACCUCUCUGCCGGAUCCUGAGUUGGAGGAUGGUCCCGGCGACGAGACAGUCAAGCCGGCGGUGGUUGUUACGGCGUCGCCGUCAUGGCAGCUGCCGGCGAUCAAACCGAAGAGUAUUGAGAAAGGAACAAAGGUCGUCACCGGAUUAGCCUCUCUUCUCAAAGAGAAACCUUCCGUCUAAAAUUUUGGGCUUCGAACUUUUUUUUUUUUUUUUAAGCUUUCUCCCUAAUCCUUUAAUUUUAAAAAUAUAUAAUGAGAGAAAAAAAAAGAUCGGAUAAAUCUCUCUCUCUCUCUCCUCUUUUUUUUUUUUUGUUUUGAGAUAUGUAAAGGAUGUAGGGAGAGGCUUUGUAAGAAGCAACUAUAUGAUCAAUGUAAUAAAAUACAUUGUAGAAA